AUGGAGGAGGCAGAGUGGAUGCAGAGGCGGCCCAAGUCCGAGGACCUAAGGGUUGGGCUCAUCAGCUGGGCAGGAACCUACCUCACUUUUGAGGCUUAUAAGAAUACGGUCACUGCUACAGCAAAGGGCUUGGGCAAGAGACAGAUGUGGGAGCUCCUGGUGAGCAAUGAACAAGAGUCACAGGCAGUGGUUCGACUCAGAAGCCUGCAGGGCCUCUGCCUGCUGUCGGACGGUGAUGGCUCUGUGUGCUACGGGAGGCCCAGGAACAGCCACCAUGGGUGCUUCCUGCUGCGUUUCCACCGGAACGGUAAGUGGACCCUCCAGUGCAUGAUCACUGGGCACUACCUGGAGUCGGACGGCAAGGAUGUGUUCUGCAAAUCGAGGGUCCUCUCAGCUUAUCACAUGUGGACUCCGCGGCCAGCCCUGCACGUCCACGUGACCCUCUACAGCCCCCUCAACCGCUGCUACGCACGGGCGGACCCCACUGUCGGCCGAGUCUGGGUGGACACUCCCAUUCCCUGUCUAAAGGAGUGUGGCUUCCUGUUGCAUUUCCAAGAUGGCUGCUAUCACCUGGAGACCUCGACACACCUUUUCCUGUCCCACUUGGACCGGCUGGUCUCCCAGCCCUCAUCUCAGACCAUCUUUCACAUGCAAGUGCGGCCUGGAGGGCUGGUGGCGCUGAGCGAUGGAGAAGGGGGCAUGCUCUACCCACAGGGCCCACGGCUGCUCCUAGGACUGGGCUCCAGUCCCUGUCGAGGCGAGGAGUGGUUCAUCCUACAACACUGUCCAGCCUGGGUCAGCCUCAAGUCAAAGGCACGGAAGUUGGUCUCUGUCUUCUACGAUGUUGAGGUGUAUGCUGCCUCGGAGCACUUAACCCCAAUGGCCAUGUUCCAGUUUGAAUGUGACAGGGAGACCCCCACUCUGCAGCUUCGUUCAGUCAAUGGCUACUACCUAGCCCAGCGACGCCAUAGGACAGUGGUGGCUGAUGGGCACCCUCUGGAGUCUGAUACCUUCUUCCGUGUACACUGGAAUUGUGGCCGGAUCAUGCUGCAGUCCUCCAAUGGGCGCUUCCUGGGGGUCACAGCCAACGGCCUGCUGGUAGCCAAUGCCACCAUUCCAGGUCCCAAUGAGGAAUUCGGGAUUCGGUUAGCCAACCGCCCCUUCCUGGUACUUCGAGGGCGCUAUGGAUACGUGGGCACCUCGUCGGAGCAUGACCUCAUGCAGUGCAACUUGGACCAGCCUGACUGUAUCCACCUACUGCCCUGUCACCAGGGCAUCUACCACUUCCAGGCGCAGAGUGGCUCCUUCUGGUCAAUCACAUCCUUUGGCACCUUCCGCCCUUGGGGAAAGUUUGCCCUCAACUUCUAUAUCGAGCUUCAGGGGAGCAACUUGCUCACCAUACUGGGGCCUAAUGGCUUCUACUUGCGAGCUGACCGGAGCGGCACUUUGUUGGCUGACAGUGAAGAUAUUACCAAAGAGUGUAUCUGGGAAUUUUAG